AUGGCUGGUCUAUUCCACUUCUGCUGCGCCACAACAGCAGAAGCACCCAGAGCUGUGGCAGCAGCAGCAGCAACGGCAGCAUCAGCAGUAACAGCAGCAGCAACAACAGCAUUGGCCUCAAACUUAGCAGCAGCAGCACAAGCUCAGGAAGCACAUAAACAGCUGGCAUCGAGAGAAACAGAAAGACCACUAGCAGCAGCAGCAGCACGAGCAGCAGCACAAGCAGCCGCAGCCACACCAGCAGCAGCAGCAGCAGCAGCCGCAGCAGCAGUGGUGCAGGCCCGUGGGUCUUACGUCCGCGACACUUUUCGAUUUGUUCGAUUUGCUGCUCUUCUGUUUUUGUUUUUUGCUGCUUGUCUUUUGCCAGUUUUAUCUCCUAGGCAGGCUGGGGGGACUGAGCUGGCAGCAGCAGCAGCAGCAGCAGCAGCAGCAGCAGCGGCAGCGUCAGCAGCAGCAGCGCCUGCUGCCUCCUUCAUUCUUUUUGCUGCUGCUGCUGAUGCAGAAGAGCUGCUAGAGGCCCACAGCGACUUGCUGUCUCUGGCUUUAGAAAGCAGCAGCAGCAGCAGCAGCAGCGCAGCAGCAGCAGCAGCAGCAGCAGGCGAGUUCAACCAGGUUGGCGCUGCUGCUGCUGCGCUGCUGGCAGCAGAUGAAGAAGCGGAUCCUUAUGAGGGGCCCUUCGAAGAGACAGAAAGAGAAAAAGAGCUGCUGCUGCCUCCGGAGGAUGCAAGUGCUGCUUUGCUGCAACAGUGGCUGCAGCAGGAAGAAGAACUAGCGCCUCCUGUUGCUGCUCCUGCUGUUGCUGCUGCUGCUGCUGCUGCUGCUGCCGCUCCUGCUCCUGCUGCUGCUGCUGCUGCUGAAGAAGAAGAAGAGGAGCUGCUGGAGGAGACAGUUCACGAGCUGCCGGCCCCCGUAGGUGUAUAUACACCUCAGAAAGAAGAGACUGCAGCAGCAGCAGCAGCAGCAACAGCAGCAGCAACAGCAGCAGCAGCAGCAGAAGAGGAAGAAGAGGAAGCAGAAGAAGCAGCAGCGCCUCCCGUUUCUCCCAAUUUCGAAUGGAAUCCUCCGUUGCCUUCUUCGAAAUUAAUUCUGGUGGAGCAAAUUGCAGAAAACUUUAAUUUGAAAAAAAAUGAAAAACCCCUCGACCUCGCGGCCUUUCAGACUGCGGUUUGUCUGCGUGAGUUUCUGGAGGAAGCUUACAGCAACUGGGACUUGCUGCUGCAGCAGAGCUGCAGCAGCAGCAACCAGCUGUUUCCCUCCUAUUACCUAGUCAACAAGCAGCAGCAGCAGCAGCAGCAGCAGCAGCAGCAGCGAAAUCGUGUGCCUCUUGCUGCUCAAUCUGCUUUUGUGGUUUAUCCCCUUUUGGCUUCUUUAUACAAAAUGUUCGGGGAGCUGUCAGCAGCAGCACAGCUGGCAGUUGCUGCUGUUGCUGCUUUUUUAAAUGGAAAAGAAUUGCUGCUGAUUCCUGCUGCUAUCAUUCCCAUGGAGGUGUACGUACAGCUGGCUGCCCCACACUUGCCGGAGCUGCAGCAGGAGGCGCCAGACAGCAGCAGCAGCAGCAGCAGCAGCAGCAGCAGGGAGCGGCAGCGGCUGGCCACUUUGCUGCGAGGGUUUGCGCUGAGGGUUUUGGACUCCGGGCUGCCGGGAUUUAGGCUUCCCACGCCGGACUUCAACUCUGCGCUGCGGCUGACGCAGCAGGCGAGGGAAAUGUCUCGGCGGAUAAAUCUGUUUAUGGAAAAAGAAGGACAACAAAUGGCAGAAGUACACUCGCGAAUUCGAGAGAAAGAGCAGCAGCAAAGGGAGGCACUUGCUGCAGCAGCAAAGCCCCAGCUGCUUCCCUCCCCAGCAGCAGCAGCAGCUGCAGCAGCAACAGAAGCUGCUGCUGCUGCUGCCGGUGAGGAGGCUGUUGCUGCAGCAGAGGCGGAAGAGGAAGAGGAAGAAGAAGAAGAAAUAAAAAUUGAAGAAGAGACAAAAGAGGAAAAAGAAAAAGAAAUUAAAAAGGAGCUUUUAAAAGAAAUAAAAGAAGAACCUGCUAAAGAGACAAAAGGGGUAUUAUUUCAGCUGCUGCCAAAGGAGACGAAGCUGUCUCUUGGGGGAGCAGCAGCAGCAGCAGCAGCAGCAGCAGCAUUCAAGCGCGCUGCAAGAAAAGCCAAAGAAAAGAAGACAGCUGCAGAAAAGCAAAAAGAGGAAUUAAAAGAAAUAAAAGAAAAAGAAUUGAAAGAAGAAAAAGAAAUAACAGAAAAAGAAAAAGAAAUAAAAGAAAUUAAAGAAGCUGAGAGAGAAGAAGCAGAAGAAGAAGAAGAGAUAAAAGAAGAAGAAGUAAAAAAGGAAAAAGAAAAAGAAAUAAAAGAAGAAAAAGAAAUAAAUGAAUUAAAAGAAAAAGAAAUAAAUAAAGAAAAAGAAAAAGAAAUAAAUAAAGAAGUGGAAGAAGCUGAGAAAGAAGAAGCAGAAGAAGAAAAUGAAAUGGAAGAACUCGAAAAUGAAAGAGAAGAAAAAGAAUUAAAAAAAGAAUUAAAAGAAGAAAAUAAAAUAAAUGAAGAAAAAGAAUCAAAACCAGAACAAGAAACUGGCGAAGAAACGGGAAAAGGCAGCAGCAAAACUGCCGCUGCUGCUGCUGCUGCAGCUGCUGAAGACACACUCGCGGAUGAACUCGAAGAGCAGGAAGAGGAAGCAGCAAACAUAACAAAGGAGGAGGGUCCAGAGGAAACACCAAAGCAACUCUGCGAUGGCUGGAAGCCCCCCACCCCGGAUGCCGUGAAUACAAGGGUUGAGCUGCUGCACGAGAACCUGAGGCGGCUGGAGCGCGAGUUCAAUGCGCUGCCCAGCAGCAGCAGCAGCAGCAGCAGCAGCAGCAGCAGCAAGAGGGCCUUCAUUGAAAAGGCAGCAGCAGCAGCAAAAGAAACAGAAAUUAGAAUUAGAGGAGCUGCUUGGGGAGACUCUUUUGAUCUUCUCCUCAGCAGCCUUCCCGGAGACUCCGAAUUUAAAAGAGAACUCAAAAACCAACUGCUGGAGAUGAACAAGAUCGAGGCGGAGCUUUUGCGGCUUUCUGAGGUGUACGUACAGUCGCAGGGGGACUUUGGGAAAAGACGAAAAGAGGAAAAAGAAAAUAAAAAGAAAAAGAAAAAGAAAGAAAAAGAAAAAGAAAACAAAGAAGCAAAAGGUCAAAAAGAAGAGAAAGAAAUGGAGGAUAAAAGCCCGCAGCAGCAGCAGCAGCAGCAGCGGCGCAAAGACAAAGCAGCAGCAGCAGCAGCAGCAGCAGCAGCAGCAGCAGCAGCAGCAGCGCUGCAGCAACUCGCCAAAGCAGCUUUUCUGGGUCUCAAAAGAAUCAAAAGCUUCAUUAGCUGCUGCAACAAAAACAAAGACAGCAGCAGCAGCAGCAGAAAGGGCUGGGGUUUAGAAAAAGAACAAAUCGGAAAAGAAUUUAAUCCAAACCUCGCUAAAAAAGCGCUCAAAAUCCUCCGAAAAGCUGAGGGACGCAAAAAGGCUGAAAACAGGAAGCGGCUCUUAGAUAAAUUAAGGGGUUUAGAAUUCACGAUGUACUUCGAUGUUCAGGAAUGUGUUACUGGCAACGUCAAAACUUUCCAAGAUUUUUUCAAGGCUUCUUCUUGUUUGUUUCACCGGCAGUUUUUGGCACUGCGGCUUAAAGACAGAGAAGAGGCUUUGUCUCUUUCUCUAAACCCUAAUGUUUCUUUCCAAAACCCUAAAACCCUAAACCCUAAACCCUCGCUCGUUGAAAUUCGAAAACACCAAGAAUCCAAACCCCUGCAGAUGGACGAGUUGGUCGAGUUUGCCUUGAGACGAAGAGUGUCUCUGGACGAAGUGGCGGCGUACUUGGAAGUGAUAAAGGGUUUAGACUUGUCUGCUGCUGUUGCUGCUGCUGCUGCUGCUGCUCCUGCUGACCGGGAGCAGCAGCUAGCGGAGCUGGCGCGGGAGUUUGCUGAAUUGGAGCAGCAGCAAGCAGCAGUAAAAGAGGAAAAAAAGGAGAAAAAAGAAGAAAAGAAGAAAGAAAAAAGAAAAGAAUCAAAAGAGGAGAAAAAAAGAGAAAAAGAAAUGCAAAAAUCAAAAAAAGAAAUUCCAGAAAUGCCACAAAACCGCCAGUUGCAGCUUUUUGCUGUACGUACACUCCAAGCUGCAGCGCUGCCACCCCACCAAAUGGCCUGGGCUCUUUACGCGGGCAUACGAGAGUCGCUAGUCCGCGCAGUAUCUGCUGCUGCUGCUGCUCCUGCUGCUGCUGCUGCCUCGGGUAGUGCUGCUGCUGCUGCUGCUGCUGCUCUGGCGGCUCGUGCUGCUGCUCUUUGCCUGUCUCCUGCGAUGCUGCUGAAGCUACAGCAAGCAGCAGCAGCAGAUCCUUUUUUUAAAAACAAAAAAGAGGAAACGGCAGCAGCAAUGGAACAGGCAAUGAAAGAAGCUGCGGCGUCCCUAGUGCUGCGGGACCUGUCGGAUAUUGCUGCUGCUUGUCUUGCUGCUGAGCGGCAGCAGUUUGUUGCUGCUGCUGCUGUGCUGCUGCUGCUGCGGCUGCUGCUGCCAGGAGAGACACAAAAGGAGAAAACAACAGCAGCAAAAAGAGAAAAACAGAAUAUCAUUUUAAAUCUUUUUGGAAGCAAAACCCCUUUGCUGCAGUGGCUGCUGGGGGGCCCCGGGGCCUUUGCAGUGCAUCGCUACGGGGGCCCCUCGCUGCAGCAGCAGCUGCAGCACCACCUGCAGCAGCUGCAGCAGCAGCUGCAGCAGCUGCAGCAGCAGCAGCAGGAAGGCGCAGCAGCGGCGGGGAAGAAGACACGCAAGGGACGGGGAAAAGAGACAAAGGAAAUAAAAGAAAUAAAAAAAGAAAUUGAAAUUGCAAAAGCUCUUUUGAAAAAUCCGGAAAAUAUUUCUUUUGAACUUGAGAAACAUUUUGCUGCUGAGGAGUUCUACAGUCUGUACACCCGAGAUGACGCAGCAGUGCGAGCAGCAGCAGCAGCAGCAGCAGCAGCAGGCGCCGAUGCAGCAGCAGCAGCAGCAACAAAAGACGCUCUAGAGCGAGCAGCAGCGCAUGCAGAGACUUUCAGGGCCUGCAGCAAAAAGGGGCAGCAGCUGCUGCUGUUGCUGCAGCAGUGGCUCGGAGAUGCAGCAGCAGCAGCAGAUUUGCUGCUGCUGGAAGCAGAAAAAGAUAAAAAAAUCAACAAAGACACGAAACAGCUAAUCUGGAGAAUCGUCAAAGACGAAAAGGAGAAGGCGGCGGAGCAGCAGCACAAGGACUACUUCGAAACCCUGGUAGACGUUGCCAUCGAGAAAGUGUAUCCAUUCGAUGUAGAAAAAGCCACAACCGCACUGGAGCAGCUUAUGAAGAGAGCCCGAUUGGGGGUUUCGAAGGAAGGCAAGUGGCACCUCAAAACCCUGAAGAUGAUGCCCGAAACCCUAAACCCUAAACCCUGGAGAGAAGCGGCGCUGCAAACCCCCGGAGUGAAGGCGGAAAAGAAAAUAAAAAAGUACCGUUCUGUGGCAGUUGCUGACUGA